GAUCCGCAGCAGAGGCUGCUGCUGUGCACGCUUCUGGUCCCGGGACCUCGGCGGGACUGCGAGCCCAGUUCUUUCUGUUUCUUCCGCCGUCCUCCCCAACCCCUACCGGGCCAUGAGCCAGCACUUCUCCCUGGCCGACUGCGACGUGGUCGGCUUUGACCUCGACCACACUCUGUGUCGCUACAACCUGACCGAGAGCGCCCUGCUUAUCUAUAAUAGCUUUGCUCAGUACUUGGUAACAGAGAAGGGAUAUGAUAAAGAAUUGCUAACUGUACCUACAGAGAGCUGGGAUUUUUGUUGUAAGGGCUUGGCAUUGGAUCUGGAAGAAGGAAACUUUAUUAAACUUGCAGCUGAUGGAACUGUUCUGAGGGCAAGCCAUGGUACCAAGAUGAUGACUUCUGAAGAGCUCAUGGGAAUAUUUGGAAACAAGAAAUGGAAAUACUUUACCGACGCUUCAAUGGCUUCUCGCACAGCAAAAUAUUAUUUCUUUGACAACUACUUUGACCUUCCUGCAGCCCUUCUUUGCGCCAGGAUUGUGGAUUACUUAACCGGGAAAAGUAACCUGGAAACUUUUGAUUUUUGGAAGGAUAUUCUUGCUAGUAUACACCAUAAUUAUAAAGUAACAGCUUUUAAAGAAAACUCUGGAAUGUAUUUCCCGGAAGUUAAAAGUGAUCCAGGAAGAUAUUUAUUGAUUUGUCCAGAAUCUGUAAAAAAGUGGCUUUAUCAGCUGAAAAGUGCUGGAAAGGUUCUUUUUAUAAUGACCAAUUCACACAGUGACUACUGCAGACUUCUUUGUGAACACAUUAUUGGGAAUGAGUUUACAGAUAUUUUUGAUAUUGUGAUUUCAAAUGCUUUGAAGCCUGGUUUCUUCUCCCAUCAACCAAAUAAGAGAUCAUUCCGAACACUUGAGAAUGAUGAGGAACAAGAUGAUCUGCCCUUUCUAGACAAGCCUGGAUGGUAUUCCCAAGGAAAUUCUGACCAUCUGUAUGAACUUCUCAAGAAGAUGACUGGCAAGAAAGAGCCUAAGGUUGUUUAUUUUGGUGACAGCAUGCAUUCAGAUAUUUUCCCAGCCUGUCGCUAUAGUAACUGGGAGACAGUCCUCAUCUUAGAAGAGCUCAGAGAGGACGAAGGCAUGGCGCCUGAAAGGAACGCAUCUGAACCUUUGGAAAAGAAAGGAAAGUAUGAGGGGCAGCAAAAAAAGCCCUUAAAUUCAUCUUCUAAAGAAUGGGGCUCAUUCUUUGUUGAUGGUGAUCUGGGAUUGGAAAGCACAGAGAGUUCAAUGACGUUCACGUGGUUUUGUAAUCAAAUUCAUAAUUACAGCACUGUUGUUAUCCCAAGUCUGGAAGCUAUAGCAGAUUUACCCUUGGACUACAAAUUUACCAGAUUUUCUUCUAAUUCAAAAACAGUUGGUUACUAUCCUAAACCCCCAUUGGCCUUAUUAUCAAAUGGAGAGUCAUUGACUACCAAAUAAGUUUUCCAUUUUUCCUAAAGAAAGGACAGCAAACCAGUGCUCUCAGAAUAGUAAUUUGUGAUGAAAAACACCUUGCCCCUGAUGUAUGCUUUAUUUGUAUCAUCUGUGUUGACUUGAAAACUGUCAUUGUAUUAACUGUUUUUUCAUUUGUAUGAACUGUUUCACCUUAUACUGUUGCUCUGUCUCAAGUUCGGUCACUUUAAAUGAUUUUGCUGUUAAUGCCACAAUUAAGACAUUUGUGUCCUGUGUUCUGUCGAUACUUAUCUCAAAGCAGUUGUUCUUUGUUACAAGAUUAUUAGACCAGAACCAAGAACUUAAGUAAAUGGGAGUUUGUAGUCUGUUUCCUGGCUUCUGCUUACACAGUAUGUUAAUUCUUGCCCACGAGGGACAAGGACUUAGUGCUCAUGUUGGAAAAUAUUGGCAGAUCUGUUUAAGGUAUAACAAGAAGUUUAAAGACAGAGAAAUAAUACAAUGAAAACAAUUAGAAGAUAAGCAUUUUAUUAGUUAAACAAAAUACUCAAACCUCAAGCACACUUAGGACAGGGGGAGAAAUGUGACUCAGGGUUGUUAUAUAGUUUUAAUAGCUUUCACUUAAAAAUUAUUUGCUUAACUGAAGCUCGGUUUGAUAGUAACAGCUGUAGCAUGAUGGAAAAAUUUCACAAUUAUUAACCAUCACUACUUUAAAGGAAAACCAAAAAUAUGGUAUCUUCAAUUUCACUAAACAAUAUCACUGGCCCUUACAUAGAAUAUGAGAUAGCUUAGAGAAAGCUUUAGUUGUAUUUCCACAUAUCAAUUAAUCAAGCAAAGAAUGGUUCUUCUGUGUACCUCAUUGAGCCCUCUAGUUUCACCCAAAAAUAAAGCUUUCAUUUUUAAGAAA